GGGGCGCUACUGCUGUGGGAGCAGUAUGAGGAGACGGAGCACCACAGCUACCACGCCCAGCGCAGCAUAGCGGGUCUGUUACUCAUAUCUCUACGUAUCAUCCUGGCCUUGCUGCUGGCCUCCGUGCUCUACACCAUCAUCAGCACAGAGAGGAGCGCCCUCAAGAGAGACUUCUACCUCAGCUUCUCCAAGGGUUGUUUUAUCUGGUUCCUGUGCCACCCUGUGCUGGUCCUACUCUCUGUGGUCUUCAACGAGCAUCAGAGAGAAAAGGUUGUGACAAUCGGUGUGAUUCUGUGCCAGGCUAUCUCGGUGGUGAUCCUCUACCAGCUUUUCCUGUCCCGUAGCUUAUACUGGGAAGUAUCUUCUCUCUCCUCUGUCUCACUACCCCUCACCAUGUCCAGAGGGGGCCGGGGACGCUACUGACCCCGCGUGCAGGGGGAACACUUUCACUGUGACACACGCCGAGGGCAAAGGGAUACACCGUGACACCUGCAGUUAAAGGGACAAAACUUCCACUCCUCUCCGCUCACUCACGGAGAAGGUGCCCCCACAGACAGGUGAGGAAAGAGGAGGGUGGGAUGAAGAGAAGGAAGUAGGAAGUUCACCCACAAAUAUAGAAGAGAAGAGGAAUGAUGGCCUGCUCAUGUAGCUGGAUAGCACACCUAUUUAAUACCCUCCCAAACAGGAUGAGAGUGAGACCUGGGUUUAAGCGCACAUAAAGUAUGUAUGUAAAUGAGACUCAUUUGUUAGUAUAKAACAGAUGUGGACACAGGUAACUGCCAAAAUAAUGGAAACACUUGAGUAAAAGAGGGAUCYAAAGUGUAUUAAAAGCAGG